AUGAUGAUCCUUACUCAUGAGUGUAGUGCAAUCAUCCAGAGAUUGAACAUACCAAAGAAGCUAGAAGAUCCAGGAUGCUUCACACUCCCUUGUGCCAUUGGUCCUAUAGAGUUUGAGAAGUGUCUUUGCGAUCUUGGGGCUAGUGUCAGUCUCAUGCCUUUGUCAGUUGCGAAAAGACUUGGAUUCACUCAGUACAAGAAGUGCAGACUUUCAUUGGUAUUGGCUGAUCGAUCAGUGAAGUUCCCUGUUGGUAUCUUAGAAGAUCUCCCAGUGAUGGUUGGAAAUUGUGAGAUUCCUACAGACUUUGUGGUGCUUGAGAUGGAUGAGGAGGCUAGAGACCCUUUGAUCCUUGGUAGACCAUUCUUAGCUACAGCAGGAGCUAUAGUGAAUGUAAAAGAAGGAAAGAUUGAUCUCCAUCUGGGCAAAGGGCAUGUUCUCCACUUUGACAUCAAGGAGAUGAUGAAGAAGCCAACUGUGCAAAACCAAGCCUUCUACAUAGAGGAAAUGGAAGCUCUAGCUGAUGAACUUCUUGAGGAGUUGGGACUAGAAGAUUCUCUACAACAUGCUUUGACCAUAGACAAAGGGGUAGUAGAGAACCAGGAGAGUGCAGCCUAUGGGAGAAUGUUGGAUGCGCGCAAGGGGUUUGUGGAUAAGGAGCAGUAUGAGGAGCUACCACAAGCAUCUUCAGCUACUCAACAAGAGGUCAGUCAUCAAGAUGACUGGAGUGAGCUCAAAGCCCCUAAGGUGGAGCUUAAACCCCUUCCCCAUGGUGUAAGGUACGCCUUUCUUGGCCCUAAUGAAACUUACCCUGUCAUUAUUUAG